GGCCAGGUCAUGUCAGGCAUUUAGUUUCGCUAUUUGAUGACUUGCGGAACUUUCGAAGAUGUCCAAAUGUGAUUGCUAUCAUGAAAUGCUAGGAUGUCUUCACGGAACUCUGGAAAGUUUGACAGCAUGGCCAUCAUGGAACCUUAUGAGUCCCUGGUGGUGCGAUGUCAUUGGAAAUGCAUUCAGGAGCCAUAAAUAUGGGUUCUGGUGAAAGUUCUUUACUCCAACUAUGCCAUAGAUGUACAAUCUUGACUACUAUGUACUCAACAAAGACAGGUGUGCAUGCUGGAACAAUGACCACAUCAUGGGGUUGGCCCUGCCCCCACUCCCAAAAACACCGGCACAAGCAUUCCAGCAAUAUUUUGCAAGGGGAAAUGCUCUCUUCUUGCCAGGCAACUCCGAUAAAGUCCUGGAUGCUCUGGAUGCUUCAACACACAACUUACUCCCAGAAGACUGGAUUGUUCCAUUUCCACAAAAUUGGGAUGCACUUCCACUGGGCGAUCCAACAUGGAUUCAAUGUGAAACCUUCAUUUCCCAGAAGCAGAAGGCUGGGCAGGAGUGCAAACAACAUGGACAAGUGGCUACUGCUGUCCCUUCUGUGCAAGCAACGGCCAUAACAGUCACAACAGCUCACUUUCUUGUGCCCUCUCUGUAAGGAAUGGAUGGUGGAGCAGUGUUUAUUACUUUAUUUCUUG